AUGUUUAACAAAUCAGGUCCUGGUAAGUGGUUAGUCCCACUUUCAGUACUAUUGUACACUCUAUUUCUAGUGGUUUUACCAUUCCAAAAUGGUUCUAGAUCAUCUCACGUUCUAGCUAGAAGUGAUGAUGCUGAAAACUACGGUACCGUUAUUGGUAUCGAUUUAGGUACUACUUAUUCCUGUGUUGCCGUUAUGAAAAAUGGUAAGACUGAAAUUUUGGCUAAUGAACAAGGUAACAGAAUUACUCCAUCCUAUGUUGCAUUCACUGAUGAUGAAAGAUUGAUUGGUGAUGCUGCUAAGAACCAAGUUGCCGCUAAUCCUGAAAAUACUAUCUUUGACAUCAAGAGAUUGAUCGGUCUAAAAUAUAACGACAAAUCUGUUCAAAAGGACAUCAAGCAUUUACCAUUCAAUGUUAUUAACAAAGGUGGUAAACCAGCCGUUCAAGUUACUGUUAAAGGUGAAGAAAAAGAAUUCACUCCAGAAGAAAUCUCUGGUAUGAUUCUAGGUAAGAUGAAACAAAUUGCUGAAGAUUAUUUAGGUAACAAGGUUACUCAUGCCGUUGUUACUGUUCCAGCUUAUUUCAAUGAUGCUCAAAGACAAGCCACUAAGGAUGCUGGUACUAUUGCUGGUCUUAACGUUCUAAGAAUCGUUAACGAACCAACUGCUGCUGCCAUUGCUUACGGUCUAGAUAAAUCUGAAAAGGAACAUCAAAUUAUCGUUUACGAUUUAGGUGGUGGUACUUUCGAUGUCUCUUUAUUAUCUAUUGAAAACGGUGUCUUUGAAGUUCAAGCUACAUCUGGUGAUACUCAUUUAGGUGGUGAAGAUUUCGAUUACAAGAUUGUUCGUCAAUUGAUUAAGACCUUUAAGAAGAAGCACGGUAUUGAUGUCUCUGACAACAACAAGGCUCUAGCUAAGUUAAAGAGAGAGGCCGAAAAGGCUAAGCGUGCUUUAUCCAGUCAAAUGUCUACCCGUAUUGAAAUUGAUUCCUUCGUUGAUGGUAUUGAUUUAAGUGAAACUUUAACUAGAGCUAAGUUCGAAGAAUUAAACUUAGACUUAUUCAAGAAGACUUUGAGACCUGUCGAAAAGGUUCUUGCUGACGCUGGCCUAGAAAAGAAGGAAAUUGAUGAUAUUGUCCUUGUUGGUGGUUCUACUAGAAUUCCAAAGGUUCAACAAUUAUUGGAAUCAUACUUCAACGGUAAGAAGGCCUCUAAGGGUAUUAACCCAGAUGAAGCUGUCGCUUACGGUGCUGCUGUCCAAGCUGGUGUUCUAUCUGGUGAAGAAGGUGUUGAAGACAUUGUCUUAUUAGAUGUUAACGCUUUAACUCUUGGUAUUGAAACUGCUGGUGGUGUCAUGACCUCUUUGAUUAAGAGAAACACUGCUAUUCCAACUAAAAAGUCUCAAAUCUUCUCUACUGCUGUUGACAACCAACCAACUGUUAUGAUCAAGGUUUACGAAGGUGAAAGAGCUAUGUCUAAGGAUAACAACUUACUAGGUAAGUUUGAAUUAACUGGUCUUCCACCUGCUCCAAGAGGUGUCCCACAAAUUGAAGUUACUUUCGCUCUAGAUGCUAAUGGUAUCUUGAAGGUUUCUGCUACUGAUAAGGGUACUGGUAAGUCUGAAUCUAUCACCAUUACAAACGACAAGGGUAGAUUAUCUCAAGAAGAAAUCGAAAGAAUGGUUGAAGAAGCUGAACAUUACGCCUCUGAAGAUGCUGCUGUUAAGACUAAGAUUGAAGCUAGAAAUAAACUUGAAAACUAUGCUCAUUCCUUAAAGAAUCAAGUUAACGCCGAACUAGGUGACAAACUAGAAGAAGAAGAUAAGGAAACUCUACUAGAUGCUGCCAAUGACACUUUAGAAUGGUUAGAUGAUAACUUUGAAAACGCCAUUGCUGAAGACUUUGAAGAAAAGUUUGAUGCUUUGUCCAAGAUUGCCUACCCAAUUACUUCUAAGCUAUACGGUGCUGGUGAAGGUGCUGAAGGUGCCUAUGCUGAAGACGAUUUAGAUGAUGAGGAUGAUGAUGGCGACUUCUUCGAACACGAUGAAUUGUAA